AGACUUUGUAAAAUAAGUCAUUGAUUUCUGUGCAACCAGUGCACAUGGGUACAAAUCCUCUAAAACUGUUUUUACAAUAGUUUGCUGUAUCCAUCAACAAAAGAUGGGCUCAAACGACGAGUAACACCUGGAAAUCUUCCCUCGUAAGUUUCACGUGUUCCAUAAGGUAUUUUUCUCGCUCGUUCAAAGGUGUUGAUGUUGGGUAUUUAUCGACUACUGCCGUAACAGAACUUGAGAACAUUGACGAUGUGGGACGAAAAAUGUUACAUCUUAAGAAAAUGAUCGAACGAAUACAAUCAUCUCUUAGAGCGGUGGAUAAAUGCCAAAAACCCGUCAUAGCAGCAAUCCACGGCUAUUGUAUAGGCGCAGGAGUAGAUCUGAUCGCUGCCUGCGAUAUUCGAUUUUGCUCGCAAGAUGUGACGUUUUCCAUUAAAGAAGCCGAAAUGGGAUUAGCAGCUGAUGUAGGGACACUACAAUUAUUACCGAAAUUAAUUGGAAAUCAUAGUCUAUUUCGUGAAUUGGUGUAUUCAAGUCGUAUGUUUAAUGCAAAUGAAGCAAAAGACUUGCAACUUGUUAGUCGUAUAUUCGAAAAUCGUGAUGUUAUGCUUAAAGCAGCUAUAGAAUUGGCAGAAACAAUGUCGAAGAAGAGUCCUAUAGCUGUCCAAGGUUCAAAGAUUAAUUUAAAUUAUGCACGAGAUCACAGCGUCGAUGAUUGUUUCAAAUUUGUGACUGCAUGGAAUUCGGGAAUGUUGCUUAGUGAAGACGUUAUUAAGAGUAUAAUGGCAUCGAUGAGUAAAUCGGAUUCAAAUGAGUCAGUAAAAUUUGAUGAUGUAUAG